CGGCCGGACUCCAUUAGUCGCUCCGGCCGGGACGCAGCGUUUCGCACGCGGAGGAGGGGACCCGCCGCCGCCGCCGCAGGGCGAGCCUUCGCCCCGCGCCUGUUGCCGCGCGAGCCCCGGGCCGGGACCGCGAGGAGCGCGGGGAAGGAGCCAUGGCUCUAGACGGGAUAAGGAUGCCAGAUGGCUGCUAUGCGGAUGGGACGUGGGAACUGAGCGUUCAUGUGACGGACCUGAACCGCGAUGUCACCCUAAGAGUGACCGGGGAGGUGCACAUUGGAGGGGUGAUGCUCAAGUUGGUGGAAAAACUCGAUGUAAAAAAAGAUUGGUCUGACCAUGCUCUGUGGUGGGAAAAGAAGAGAACUUGGCUCCUCAAGACACAUUGGACCUUGGACAAGUAUGGCGUUCAGGCAGAUGCUAAGCUUCAGUUCACCCCCCAGCACAAGCUGCUCCGCCUGCAACUUCCCAACAUGAAGUAUGUGAAGGUGAAAGUGAAUUUCUCUGACAGAGUCUUCAAAGCUGUUUCUGACAUCUGUAAGACUUUUAAUAUCAGACACCCUGAAGAGCUUUCUCUAUUGAAAAAACCCAGAGAUCCAACAAAGAAAAAAAAGAAAAAGCUAGAUGACCAGUCUGAAGAUGAGGCACUUGAAUUAGAGGGGCCUCUUAUCACUCCUGGAUCUGGUGAGGCUUUGAGCACUGAUGUUCUUUACAUUGGCCCUCUGAAAGGAAGUAUAUAUUCAAGCCCAGGACUUUAUAGUAAAACAAUGACCCCCACUUACGAUGCUCAUGAUGGAAGCCCCUUGUCACCAACUUCUGCUUGGUUCGGUGACAGUGCUUUGUCAGAAGGCAACCCUGGUAUACUUGCUGUCAGUCAGCCAAUAACAUCACCGGAAAUCUUGGCCAAAAUGUUCAAGCCUCAAGCCCUUCUUGACAAAGCAAAAAUCAACCAAGGGUGGCUUGACUCCUCAAGAUCUCUCAUGGAACAAGAUGUGAAGGAAAAUGAGGCCUUGCUGCUCCGAUUCAAGUAUUACAGCUUUUUUGAUUUGAAUCCAAAGUAUGAUGCAAUCAGAAUUAAUCAGCUUUAUGAGCAGGCCAAAUGGGCUAUUCUCUUGGAAGAAAUUGAAUGCACCGAAGAAGAAAUGAUGAUGUUUGCAGCCUUGCAGUAUCAUAUCAAUAAGCUGUCGAUCAUGACAUCAGAGAAUCAUUUGAACAACAGUGACAAAGAAGUGGAUGAAGUUGAUGCUGCCCUUUCAGACCUGGAGAUUACUUUGGAAGGGGGUAAAACAUCAACAAUUUUGGGUGACAUCACUUCCAUUCCUGAACUUGCUGACUAUAUUAAAGUUUUCAAGCCAAAAAAGCUGACUCUGAAAGGUUACAAGCAGUAUUGGUGCACCUUUAAAGACACAUCUAUUUCUUGCUAUAAGAGCAAAGAAGAAUCCAGUGGCACACCAGCUCAUCAGAUGAACCUAAGAGGGUGUGAAGUUACCCCAGAUGUGAAUAUAUCAGGCCAAAAAUUUAACAUUAAACUCCUCAUUCCAGUUGCAGAGGGCAUGAAUGAAAUCUGGCUUCGUUGUGACAAUGAAAAACAGUAUGCACACUGGAUGGCAGCCUGCAGAUUGGCCUCCAAAGGCAAGACCAUGGCAGACAGUUCUUAUAACUUAGAAGUUCAAAAUAUUCUUUCCUUUCUGAAGAUGCAGCAUUUAAAUCCAGAUCCUCAGUUAAUACCAGAGCAGAUCACAACUGAUAUAAAUCCUGAAUGUUUGGUGUCCCCUCGCUAUCUAAAAAAGUACAAGAACAAGCAGGAAAAAGGAUGCAAAAAACAGAUGCCAGGCUAUAUAAGAGAUUUGAUAACAGCAAGAAUCUUGGAGGCCCAUCAGAAUGUAGCUCAGAUGAGUCUAAUUGAAGCCAAGAUGAGAUUUAUUCAAGCUUGGCAGUCACUACCAGAAUUUGGCAUCACACACUUUAUUGCAAGAUUCCAAGGGGGCAAAAAAGAAGAACUUAUUGGAAUAGCAUACAACAGACUGAUUAGGAUGGACGCCAGCACAGGAGAUGCAAUUAAAACCUGGCGUUUCAGUAAUAUGAAACAGUGGAAUGUAAACUGGGAAAUAAAAAUGGUCACUGUAGAGUUUGCAGAUGAAGUACGAUUGUCCUUCAUUUGUACUGAAGUAGAUUGCAAAGUGGUUCAUGAAUUCAUUGGUGGCUAUAUAUUUCUCUCAACACGUGCAAAAGACCAAAAUGAGAGUUUAGAUGAAGAGAUGUUCUACAAACUUACCAGUGGUUGGGUGUGAACAGAAACGCUGUGUAAUGAAGCUCCAUGGCCAUAACAGUUAUUUAAGUUUAAAAGCUGUUGUUUGUUAUAUGCUGCUUAAUAAAGUAAGCUUGAAAUUUAUUAUUUUAUCAUGAAAACAUUUUUGCCUUACCAGACCAGUUAAUAUGUGCACUAACAAGCACGACUAUUAAUCGCUAUCAUGAUACAAUAUAUGGACUUGAAUAUGGCACACGUUCCUUAGGGCCAUGAAUUGAAAACCGAAGUUAGUGGGCAAGUCAGAAACAAAACAUCACUGAUUCAAGCUAGCCAAACUGUAUGUAAGAAACUCAAGCCAUCUACUUUAAAGCUAUCCAGGGCUUAAACUAUAUGAAGUCUAUUUAUCAUGUUGAAUGCAUGUGUUUUAAUGUAUGUUUAAUUUGACCUCAUAUUUUUCAAACAGCUUACUUUCUGGUCGCCAUUUGUCGUCCGUCCACCCCCCAACCCC